UUUGCACAUCAGGUGUUUGACGAAAUGUCCAACUCCGAGUUAGCGCCACCUUCAUGGCCUAUGGCUGCGGCUACGUGAUGGUGUGCGGAUUCGUCGCGGAUAAUGCUACACUGUCGCUCGAGGACGACGCCUCACCCCGGUGCAAGAAAUGGAGGCUGCUUCCUGGACGCCCUCAAGUUACUCGAUGAAAAGCACAGGAGAAAGAAACUGCGACGACCACAACAACGACAUUUUGCUUCAGGAACAAGGAGAUGGAGGCGCCCAUCAGUGCAUCACAGGGAGCCAUGCGGUCCCUUCCUGGUAAGCUGGAGUUGUUGCUAUCAGGACCCAAGCAGGGGCUGCGGGCAGAGGAGAAGAACAAGCUCCGUUUCCUCCAAGCCGAUCUCCAGGGACUGAUCGAUAACUACCUAUUCGAGCCAUCUGAGGUGGAGUCCCCUGCUUCGACGGCCAGCUUCUGGAUGAAGGAUGUGCGCGACAUGUCGUAUGACAUCGACGACUUCAUCUACGAACUCACCAACGUCGGUGACGCCACCGUUGCCAGGAUCAGUGUCGUCCAGAAAUCCCCUCGUGUUAAGAUCUCUCGGUUUCCGGAGAAGCUGAAACGGCGACAAUGGAUCUCCGAUGAGAUCUCAGGGUUCAGGACUCGCGUCAAGGAAGCCAUUCAACGGCACAAAGCCUAUCUUGGUGGCUGCAGGUGGCAACCUAGCAGCAGCGGGGAGCUGGGUGAACACCAACACUCUGCUCCAUCACCAUGCUGCCAGGCUGCUAUUCGCCUUAUUGGUAUGGACAGCUCCAUCAAACAGCUUUGCGGAUGGUUGGCUAACGAUGGACAGCCAGAGCACAAGGUGGCGUCGAUAGUUGGAACUGGUGGGGUUGGGAAGACCACCCUGGCCAGAGAAGUGUACAGUAAGCUUCGAGGCCAGUUCGAGUGCCGAGGUUUUGUGCGGAUACACCGGAAGCCAAACAUGAAGAUGCACCUCGCUAGCAUACUUUCGCAAGUUCGACGGCACCAGAUCUCCGAUGCUUGCGAGGUGCAUAAACUGAUCUUCGAGAUCAAAGCACACCUGCAAGAUAAGACGUACAUAAUUGUAAUUGAUAAUCUGUGGGCAUCAUCAACCUGGGAUAUUAUCAACCAUGCUUUGCCGAAGGGAAAUUGUUGCAGUAGGAUAUUAGCAACGACCGAAGUUGAAGCCAUAGCACAGACAUGCGCAGAUACCUCCAAGUAUAUGCCUUCAAAGAAAGAAAGCAACCCCAAGUAUAUCUUCAAGAAGGAACCGCUAAGUGAACAUGAGUCAAGAGAACUAUUUUUAAGUACAGUUUUUGGCCAUGAAGCUGAAUGUCCUCAGGGCCUCAAGGAAGUUUCAAAUGAAAUUAUAAAAAGAAGUGGUGGCAAUCCGCUAGCAAUUAUUAUAUUGGCGAGUCUUUUUGCAGGUCAGCCAGCCAGCAGCAUAGAGCAAUGGAAUUACAUCAAGAAUUCGCUGAGUUCUGAUUUAAGCACGGAUACUAGUUUGGAAGGGAUAAAACAAGUCGUCAACCUUGGCUAUGACAAUCUUCCUCACAGUUUGAAAGCAUGCAUGCUAUAUCUAUGUUUGUAUGAAGAGGACUGUGUAAUCUGGAAGGAUGAUUUGGUGAAGCAGUGGAUAGCUGAAGGUUUCAUCCACGCAAUGGAAGGGAACAGUGGGAAGGAAGUUGCACAAAGCUAUUUUGAUGAGCUUGUUAACAGAGGAAUGAUCCAACCUGUGGAUAUCAACUGCAAUGAUGAAAUUCUUUCAUGUAGAGUGCACGACAUGGUACUUCACUUUAUUAGAUACAAGUCCAUGGAAGAGAAUUUUAGCAUUGCAUUAGAUCAUUCCCAGACUGCUGUAAGGCUUGCUGACAAGGUUCGUCGGCUAGCUCUCCACUUCGGCAAUGUCGAACAUGCCACACCACCAAUGCCAGCAAGUAUGAGACUGUCACAAGUUCGAUCUCUUGUCUUUUCUGGAUUGCUCAAGUGCAUGCCUUCCAUUGUGGAGUUCCGGUUUAUUCAGGUUCUGAUCCUUAAAUUUUGGGCUGAUCCUGAUAACAGGAGUGACAACCUUACUGGCUCUGAUGACCUGAGUGGCAACAUCACUGAACCAGAUUACUUAAGUGACAAUCUCACUGAACCUGAUGAUCUGAGUUGUAAUCUAACUGAAAUUUCAGAGCUCUUCCAACUGAGGUAUUUUCAUCUCGAUGCAAGUCAUAUGAGUGUGGAGCUUCCAACACAGAUGAAACGGCUAAAAGAUUUGGUGGCAUGGGAAAUUGAUGCCGAUGUAACUGCAGUUCCAUCAGAUAUUGUCGAUCUGCCGGGCUUGUUCUUCCUCAGUAUUCCUAGAGAGGCAAAUCUGCCCACUGGUAUUGGCCGCAUGUCAUCUCUUCGCACUCUGGGAGUUAUCGAUCUCAGCAAGAACUCAACAGAAAAUAUUAUGUGCCUUGGUGAGCUGACCAAUCUCCAGGAUCUUCGUCUCACAUGUUCCACAUUACAGCCUGAUAACCUGGAAAGGAACUUGGAAUGCCUGGACUUGAUAAUUCGGAAACUAAGCAAUCUCAAAUGUGUAACUCUGGUACCUGUAGUCUCCUCUCAUGUAAAAACUCAGGAUGAUGCCAGUUCUUCAAGCAUGACCAUUUCUUGGCAUGGCUUCACUAUGGUGUCCCUUUCUCCAGCCCUUCUUGAGAGACUAGAGUUGUCACGGCGCUGCUGCAUCUUCUCCAGCUUACCUGAGUGGACCAAGGAUCUUACGAAGCUUGGCAUCUUAAAGAUUGCAGUUAGGAAGGUGUCAACUGAAGAUGUUAUUAUUCUCAAAGGAUUGCCUUCCCUCACCUCUCUCUCGUUGUUCAUCUGGACCGCACCCAUAAGAAGGAUCAUCUUUGACAACAAGGGAUUCUUGGUUCUCAAGUACUUCAAGUUAGUGUGUCUUGCACCAUGCCUGGUUUUUCUGGAUGGAGCAAUGCCCAAAGUCCAAAAUCUCAAGCUAGGCUUUAAUGCUAAUAGAAUGGAGCGAUAUAGCUUGGUAGCUGCUGGGUUUGAGCACCUAACUAGCCUCAACGAGCUCACUGCAAAAAUUGGGGGCACCGGUACUAAUGAAUGCUGCAGAAAGUCCACACAUUUGGUGUUGGCUGAUGCCAUUAUAAAGCAUACAAGCACCCCCAUCAUCAAUGUACAAUGGUUGGAUUGGCAUUAUUGUGGUGAUGAAGAGAACUACAUAGAGGCUCCAAAAGAAAUACACGAAUGGACUUCGGAAAAACAAGGCAUGACAGCUGGGGAAAGCUCAGAUGAACAUGGAGUUCAAGAGAAUAACUUGGAGAGAGAUCCCAAGAAACCCGCCGAUUUAAGUGCAUGGCUUGCUGUCACCAGGACUGAUACGCUACCAGAAUCCACCUCCCAUGUGCAGAGUACAGUCCAUAACAUCUCGGAGGCAGAGGAUGAGUGGUUGGUACCCAGCCCUGGCGACGACGAGCUGGACCACGAGGGCACUGCAGUGGAGGAGGCGGUGCGGGUGGUGGAACAGUGGGACUUGCCAGCGGCCAGGCUCAGGCUUGUGUUCGAGUCGCCGGAGGACGCCGAGGAGUACCUUGCCGCGGCCACCUGCCUCGUUGGUGUGGCCGGUGCACACGUUGAGACGGUGCUGCAGGUCGCAAUGGCACGGCUCGAGGAGGAGUUCCGCCAGCUGCUGAUCGGCGGGACGGCAUCGCUCACUAUGGAGGACCCCCACGAUUCUCUCGUCUCUCGGCUCUCGCUUACCGUACCAACAUCCAAUUGUGCAUCUUCCAUCGACGUAGACGACACAUGGACCUCGGUCUCCGACGAGGGAGAUGAGUCUGCGGGUUGGGGCACAUCAAGUUCGGUCUCCGGUGGCGAGAUCUCAUCUUACGUCCCGGACACCAUUAGCACCCUCAAGGGCAUCAUGGACGUCAUGUAUAGCUCGUCUUACUUCAUUUCCCCGGAUACUGUCAGCACUCUCAAGGACAUCGCAGACGUCAUGCUGUGCGCUGGCUAUGCUGCAGAGCUUAGCCAGGCCUACAGUGAAGUGCGCCGGGGCAUGCUUGUUGAGUGUCUUGCCACACUUGGGGUCGACAAGAUGAACCUAGAGGAGGUGCAGCACAUGGAGUGGGUCGUCCUCAACGCCAAGAUGAGGGAGUGGAUCCAGGCACUCAAGGUGGUUGUCCAGGGCCUUCUUGCUGAGGAGCGCCGCAUCUGUAACCAGAUCUUCGCAGCCAAUGCCGACACUGUAGACGAAUGCUUUACAUGGGCAGCAAAGGGGUGCGUGCUACAGCUGCUUAACUUUGGUGAUGCCAUUACGAUUGAGAAGAGAUCGUCCGAGAAGCUGUUCCGUAUUCUUGAUAUGUAUGAAGCUCUAGCUGAGUUACUGCCUGAGCUCGAGGCCUUGUUCUCUGGCGAUGCAAGGGAUUUUAUCAAGGAAGAGGCAGAGCGGAUACUUGUGAGGUUUGGGGAUGCAGUGCGUGGUGCAUUUUCUGAGUUUGCCAAUGUGAUAAGGGGGGAGACUUCUUGCAGAUUAGUGCCAGGUGGCGAGAUCCAUCCGAUGACACGUUACGUCAUGAACUAUGUAGUAGCGGCUACAAAUUACAGUUGCCUGAAUCAUCUUCUUGAUGGCAGUCAUACUAAGGUGAAGAAUACAGAGGUGACUCCUUCACGACACUGCAUGCAGACACUAAUCACACAUCUAUUGGAUAAGAUUGAGAAUAAAUCAAAGCUGUAUUAUGAUGAGGCGCUGCAGAACAUCUUUUUGAUCAACAAUCUAUGGUACAUUCUGCACAAGGUGAAUGAUUCAGAACUGAAGACUGUGCUUGGGGAUAACUGGAUCCGUAAACAACAUGGUCAGAUCAUCAGUACGUACUCCACAGGGUACUUCCGAUCUUCAUGGUAUACGGUUGUAGAUUGUCUGAGGGAUGAUGGGCUGCCACAUGCAACAGGUUCAUCGAGUGCACUCAUGGAUGCUCUGAAGGAAAGGUUCAAGAAUUUCAACUUGACCUACGAAGAGUUAUACAGGACACAGACAGCAUGGAAGGUUGUGGAUCCUCAGCUCAGAAAGAAGAUGCAGAUUUUCAUCUCAGAGAAUGUCAUUCCAGCAUACCGUUCGUUUGUUAGAAGGUACCGAGUCCACCUAGAGGGGAAAAAGAAUUUGGCAAGGUAUAUAAAAUAUAGUACUGAGGAUUUGGAAAACCAGAUCUUAGAUUUGUUUGAAGGGAUAAGAUUGGGAUAGUUGGUGAUAUGUUUACAAUUUGGGGAAAAGUUGUGGCUAAUCUCCCAGAAACCUACACAUCGGCGCCAAAAUUUAUUCAAGCCAUUUAGUGGAUUAGAGGGUGUCUUGGACAACUCCACUUGACAAAUUCACUGGUGAAGCAGCAGGUAGGGGAUCUUUGACAGAUAUACCAUGUAUUAAUUCUUGAAUUAUUACACAUGUCAUUGAUGAUUGUACCUCUCCUUCGCACAUCAUGACAUACAUAUAAAUAGAUAUCUUAUUUUCUGGAAAGAGACUUAAAAUCGGAGAAAGGCUAUCCAGUUCAGCAUUAUAUUUUUUUGACACUAACUAGUACUGGCUUUGGCGCAGCAGUAAAGCUGUUGCCUUGUGACCAUGAGGUCACGGGUUCGAGUCCUGAAAACAGCCUCUUGCAGAUAUGUAGGAAAAUGCUGCGUACAAUAGACCAAAGUGGUCGGACCCUUCCCCAGACCCUGCGCAAGUGGGAGCUAUGUGUACCGGGCUUUUUACUUGUAACUAGUAAUGCAGAACUAAUAAGAAGCCAAGAUGAGAGUACAAGUAGAACUAAGUCCACCAAAAUUUUGAAAUUCUGUAAUCAUUCUGCUUGUUCUUACAAUACAACUAAUAAAUCCACUAAAAUCUUGAAACUGUGUAGUCACUCUGCUUGUCCUUACAAUAUUGAAGGCCAGUAAUUGAGAAGUGGCAGCCUUCUUUCCAUCCUCGCCACAAUACCUUGCAAACAGUACUACAAUACAGGAAACGGAACAGAGAAAAACAUAACUUACAAUGGUAUGUAGUGUUCGGCUUCUGCCUGGAGGGGGCCAGGAUACAAUGCAUCAUGCGUCGCGCCUACAGCCCAGGUUGUCCUUGUGGUUCCAUACUUCCAUCUGUGUUCGUCUCGAGUGCUCUUUGAAGCAUUAAUUGAGAUACAAAAUCUACUGGAUGACACUGGCAAUCAAGA